CAUGAUAAUCCGUACAAGUAUAAGAGGACGGGUUUCAUUAUCUCAUUAGGUAGUAUCGUCGUGCGUUCAGCAAAUACCACACGGUCAUGUUCGGACGCAUACUGUGCGCCUUCAUUGCAAUCUCUUGUUUCUUGGUGAUUGUCCAGGCUGGGGUGUUCACGAGGAAUUUAGAGGCAGCGCGAAGCUGUGGUUAUGAAGGAUGCCCGAAACCUGAUCCGAAGAAACUUAAUAUCCACUUGGUAGCACAUACACAUGACGAUGUUGGAUGGUUGAAAACGGUUGAUCAAUAUUUCUUCGGAGGACGAAAUAACAUUCAAAAGGCAGGCGUGGAGUAUAUUCUCGAUACAGUGGUAGACGCGCUGCGAAAGGACCCUGAAAGGAGAUUCAUCUACGUGGAGACUGCAUUCUUAUGGAAGUGGUGGCUGCGGCAGAAUGAUAAAAUCCGCGAGGAGGUGAAGACUUUCAUCAAUGAAGGGAGACUGGAGAUCAUCGGAGGAGCGUGGAGUAUGAAUGACGAAGCCACAACUCAUUAUCACUCUAUUAUUGAUCAAUCCACUUGGGGAUUCAGACGCUUGAACGAUACAUUUGGAACAUGCGCUCGUCCGAAAAUUGGCUGGCAGAUAGAUCCUUUCGGCCACUCACGCGAGCAAGCCUCCCUAUUCGCUCAAUUUGGAUUUGACGGAAUGUUCUUCGGACGUCUUGAUUGGCAGGACAAGACGAAACGAAUGUCCGAGAAAUCCGCGGAAUACAUAUGGAAAGCAAGCUCCAGUCUAGGCAAGAGUGCGGAGCUUUUUUCAGUCGCUCUCUUCAAUAAUUACAGUCCACCUCCUGGAUUUUGCUUCGACAUCCUGUGUCAGGACGAGCCAUUGAUCGAUGAUCCAAAGAGUCCCGAUUACAACAUCAAAUCGAAGCUCAAAUCCUUUUACGAUUACGUACUGGAGCAAGGAAGGCAUUACAAAUCGAAUAACAUAAUUCUCACAAUGGGCGGUGAUUUCACGUAUCAGCUGGCUGAACAGUAUUUCGUAAACUUGGAUAGACUGAUAAGAUACACAAACAAAAUCUACGGCGACAAAGCGAACGUCUUCUACUCCACGCCGUCCUGCUACCUGAAAUCGGUGAACGAAGCCGGGAAGACCUUUCCCACCAAGACCGACGACCUCUUUCCCUACAGCAGCGACCCCCAUGCCUUCUGGACGGGCUACUUCACCUCGCGCCCCACCCUGAAGUACUUCGAGCGUCUCGGCAACAACUUCCUGCAGAUCGUCAAGCAGCUGGCAGUCCUGACGAACGCCGGCGACAGCAAAGACUUGGAACUCUUCCGAGAAGCGAUGGGAGUGAUGCAGCAUCACGAUGCGGUGACCGGAACGGAGAAGCAGCAGGUCGCGGACGAUUACGCGCGUCUCCUAACCGACGCCAUAGUCCGCGGUGAGAAGAUCGUCUCGACAACGAUCGGCAAGCUCUCGAUCAGAGGCAAGCCGUCAGCUGCCCGGGACUUCAAGUCCUGUCUUUUGCUGAACGUGAGCUCUUGCCAACCGAUCGAAGACUCCAAGACCUUCACCGUGACUUUGUACAACCCCAGAAGUCAUCCGGUGUCGACCUACGUCCGCAUUCCGGUGAAGGGAGCUGGCUACAUCGUCAAAGACUACAUCGGAACGGAAAUAGUGACGCAGUUGAUUCCAGUCCCGGCUCCUGUGUCGCAAGCCCCUGGACGGACGAGCAAAGCCACCAGAGAACUGGUGUUCAGGGCUCUGGAGAUCCCGCCCCUCGGCUACCAAUCCUUCUUCAUAACCGAGAAGGAUGGCGACGACAGCUACGACGAGAUCACUCGUCCCGAAAACGUCUCCUCCAUCGGAGGCGAUCUCUACGACAUCUCCGUUGACGACGCUGGUGACGUCCACGUGCAGUGGAAGAACAUGGACCUGCGGGUCGUCCAGUCCUUCAAGUACUAUCAAGGCGCCAAAGGAAACAACUCGGAGUUCAAGAACAGGGCAUCUGGGGCGUACAUCUUCCGGCCAAACAGCUCGCUGGUCCAUGACUUCAGCUACUCUGGCUUCCAUAAGUUCUACAAAGGACCUCUCGUCGAGGAGUUGCAUCUGAUCGUCAACAGUUACGUCAGCCAAGUCGUCAGGAUUUACAACGGGGAGGACAAGAUCGAGUUCGACUGGGUCGCAGGACCCAUUUCUGUGGAUGAUUCUAUCGGAAAAGAAAUUGUGAGCAAGUUCUCGAGUAAUUUGGAGUCGAAGGGAGUGUUUUUUACGGAUAGCAAUGGACGGGAAAUGUUGAAGAGGGUCAGGGACUUCAGGCCUACGUGGACGCUUAAUCUGAGUGAACCUGUCGCUGGGAACUACUACCCGGUGACGGCGAAGAUCUCGUUGAGGGAUGAUGCCAAGCAGUUGAGGAUGAGUGUUCUGAAUGACAGGGCGCAGGGCGGCAGCAGCAUGAAGGACGGAGAGCUGGAGGUCAUGAUACACAGGCGACUGCUGAAUGAUGAUGCUUUUGGGGUCAACGAGGCUCUGAAUGAGCAGGCCUUUGGGAAGGGCCUUGUCGCCAGGGGUGUGCAUUAUCUCGUUGGCAGCAGCUUGAAGGAUCUCGAUGCUGCGGCCUCCAAGGAGAAGUCCCUUGCCUUGUCACUGGCCCUGAAACCUUGGGUGCUGGUCACUCCGGUGGAGAAUUUAACCUUCGAGCAGUGGCAGAGCAAUUACAUCAUGCAGGUGAGAGGACUCAGGAAGAGGCUGCCCCCGAAUAUCCACAUACUGACGCUUGAACCGUGGAAGGAGGAUCAGGUUCUUUUGAGGCUAGAGCAUCUGUAUGAAAUCGGCGAGGCUGCGCAGAUGUCGCAACCAGCGGAGGUCAACAUAGCCGAUCUCUUUAUGGAUUUCGAUGUCGUCGAGGUCAGGGAAACCACCCUCGGCGGGAACCAGUGGAUUGAGGACAAACGGCGUCUUCAGUGGUCCAGUGAGACUAACGAAGGCUCUCCGGAUUUAGGAAAUUCUAGGCCACAAGUGAGGAUUCUAGAUGGCGCUGUUAAUGUCUUGCUGAAGCCCAUGGAAAUUCGAACCUUCAUUGUUAGUUUUAAAUCUCUUCCUAGUUCUUGAAAGGGAGGAGAUGAUUAUGAGUGUUUUUUUAUCAUUAUGGAUAAUUGAAGAAAGCGCGCAUUAUUUACUUGCGCGAGUGGAGAAUCACGAAAUAUUGAAUUAUAAAUAAAAAUUUUGAUGUUUCUUUA